UAUGAAAGUGGGUGAGAGGUGUGUACCGCUCUGUGUGUCUCACGUCCUGAUCUAGCUAGUGGCCCUAGUGCAAAUAAGGAGGGGGCGGAGUUGCGGCUCUUGUGCUCCUGAUGUUUGAGUAGUGGUCACCUCUAGGGCCAGUGCCUUCAUCCUGGACCCGAGGCCAUACUUUAUUUUCAGUAUGGAGAAUGAAAAGAGUCACAUGAGCAAGAGGAUAUUGAACCUGACCCUGGAGAUCAUCUACCUUCUGACUGGAGAGGAUUUAAUGGUUGUGAAGAAAUCUGGGGAACUUGUUGCAUGCAGAAUUUCUACAAAUUUGUUAGCUGCUUCAGUUAAGGCCCAAGAUCCCAUCCCACCUUCUCCUUGUGAGACCCAGUCUUCUGAAAAGAAUCAUGAAGAAAAGAUCCUUGAUCUGAGCAACAAGGUCAUUCACCUACUUACUGGAGAGGUCAUUGUAUCUUUGCAGAUUUGGAAAUUUAUUGACCAUGAAGUUUCACAAACCAGGAGUGAGGGUUGCAUGGAAGAACCACAGGAUGAGUUCAAUGGCAUGGGUACCCCUGAGAGAUUGUCAAGUCGAGAGGAUUACGCAGAGGUAGAUGCGGGCAGCCCAGAGAGCAUUACUGAGGCAGACACCUUAACAAAUGUGAAGCUUGUUAUUAUGCCACAGACUGACCAAAGAGACGCUUAUGUAAAGAUUAAGGAAGAAGAUCAGCCCUUAACUAUCAGUUCAGAUUGUGAAGAAAAUGAGCAAUCAAAUGCAACUUCUAGCCCCUCCAGUCCCGUUGGCACAGAUGAAAAGAUGUAUAUAUGUUCAAUGUGUGAGAAGUGCUUUCAGUUCAAGAGCAGAUCCCCUGCUCAGAGGGAUGACAAUGGAGAAAACCUGCGUUUGUGCUUUGACUGUGAGACAUUAUUUCAUUUCAAUCCUCACUCAGUCUUGCCACCUGGAAGAGAAGAGAAAACCUUUUACUGCUUUGAAUGUGGAAGGAACUUUGCCAGUAAAAUCCUUUUCCUUGCCCAUGAGCGUAUUCACUCUGGCAAAAAAUCCUUUCAGUGCUCUGAGUGUGGAUUGUCUUUCUCCAAUCAAUCCAUUCUUGAAACUCAUCAGAGCAUCCAUACAGGGGAUAAACCGUUUUCUUGCUCACAUUGUGGGAAAUGUUUUGCCAUGAAGGCCAACCUUGUCAAACAUGUGAAAAUUCAUAAUGCCGAGAAACCAUUCACAUGCCUUGAGUGUGGAAAGAGUUUUGGGAUAAAGUCCAACCUUGUGAAACAUCAAAGGAUUCAUACAGGAGAGAAGCCGUUUUCUUGUGCAGAUUGUGGUAAGAGUUUCGGAAUGAAAUCAAACCUCAUCAAACACCAGAGGAUCCAUACAGGAGAGAAGCCAUUUCCAUGUCAAGAAUGUGGAAAAUGCUUUGCUUCAAGGUCCAACCUGGUUAACCAUGAGAGGAUCCACACUGGAGAAAAGCCCUUUACUUGUUCUUAUUGUGGCAAGGGCUUCAUCACCAGUUCAGACCUUUUUCGGCACAAAAAGACUCACACAGAAAGUAAGCCAUUUGUCUGCACGGAAUGUGGAGAUUGUUUUAUUAACAAAUCUAUUUUUGUUAUACAUCAGAAAACGCACAGAUGAGCCUCUCUAACUUAUUCCCAGGAAUGUUUAUGCAUAGUUUGUGGAAAGGAAAUAAGGAAUAACUGUCUUAGCCAACAUCUACUAUUGAGGACUGACCUACCAAUCCCAUUUGUCAGAUGAUGUCGGAUGUGUCAAAUUUUGUUUGCUCUAACCAAUUCUUUCUUGAAAUGAAGAAUUUCUGGUACUACUGGUGCUGAUCUUUUUGGACUGUUUUAGGUUUUCUUUGAAAGAAAUUCCACAUGACUACAGCAUGAUUGCCAUUAGUUCUCUUUCCUAUGAAGAAAUGCUUUAGGUGGAAGUAUACUGUUUCAAGAUCAAGUUUAUAGAUGUGUUCUGUUUUGCUUGUUAGAAUGGUGAAUUUGUGACAAAAGUUACUGUAAACUAAAGGUCCUUUUAGAUGGGCCAAUUAUCAGGCAAAUUAUUUGGGUGAGCAUUUGUAUAAAUGCUCGUUCACGAUAUUCUGCCUGUGUAAAAGGUGCCACAAAUUACCCAAUGAACGAGCAGGUGAUCAUGUUGUUCUGCUGGCACGGAAAAUCUGCUGCGUAGUAAUAAUAUUUGGCAAGCGAUCACUGUAUAAGUCUCGUGUCCCCAUUCAGCGCAGGUGAUUGCUGUAUGUAAGCCUUUAUCUCUGCUGAUGAUCGGACAGGUGUCUUUGUUCCCAAUAAUCUGCCAGAUCAUCUAUCCAUGUAAAAGGACCCUUGAAUGUAACCAUAAUAAUGCAGUAGUGGGUGUGUGAAUUUUAUCUAUGAUAAUUUUUUGAGUUACAGACAAGGUAAUGGAGAGAAAUGAGAGAGACUGACAAAAGGACAUUUUCUGGAUGAUCUUAGCUCAGGGUUGCUUAUACUUGGUGUUUGUGGGAAAAAUUUAGUAGGCAAACAUGUAUAAAAAAAAUGGAUAAUAUGUGACAUUGAGUAUGCACUUUAGAAACUGGUAUCUUUAGACAUGUUGUACAAGUAGAUAGGAAGGAAGCGUUCCUUCCCAAACUCUGCUAUCUUGAAAACAAUGAAGAAGCAUGCGGUGGGGCGCAAUCUUUCGAAGCGAAAUAUGGCAUAACUAAGAGGUGGUGUAAAGAAGAAAAAUAUGUAGAACAUGAUCAAAUUUAUGAUACUACAUAUGCCAUUUUGAUAAUCUAGCUCCAUUUUUUUAGUUUUGUAAGUUAAUGCAACAGUAUUGAUAAAUUUCCCCUAUUGUUUUCAUACUUUGUAACUUUUACAUACAUUUUAUGUUUCUGUAGAACUAUUUUUCAGGGUAUAUUGACACAUAGCAGUUGAGGUGCAGGUAAAAUUGCUUAAAAAAAGUGUUUGCCGCAGUUUUUGAUGUGGUUGUGGCACGCCUAGACACAUCUUAGCCGGGUUAGGAGCCAGCAAUGACACGCUGUAGGGCCUUGCAGAUAACUUGAGAUUUUAUCCCUACCAUUUUCCCAGGAACCCAAAUAAAACUCAUAUUGAUGGUAAUCAAAACAAGUUCCCCUACUACUAAAAAACCCUAAUAAAAAAUAAUAUAUAUACAUAUAUAUAUAUACUCUCCUAAAGAAUUAUUAGGAACACCUGUUCUAUUUCUCAUUAAUGCGAUUAUCUA